CAACUCAUUCAAGUCUACAUACUCACCCAAUAGCAAAGAUAAUUUCUUGUUAUCCUUGCCAAUACAAAGAAGAAAAUUUUGUCAGAGAUGAAGCAAAAUCAGACCAUCAAAUCAAGAAUUGAGAGCCAGGUUCCAAUAAACUGGGCAGUUUUAUUGAAUCAAAGCUCAAGAAAAUGGGCUCUUCCUGAUUCUGCCACCCAAUGCCAUCUGUCUCUCUCUUCAAAGCCAUCAAAAACAAGAAAUGGUAAGACUUCUACCUCCUUAAAGAUAACAGACAGUGUGAAGGGCAAGCUGAUACUAGGGGCGAAACUUCUCGGAGCAGGCGGAGUUCAAAAGGUGUUCAAGAAGAACUUCGGUGUUAGAGAAGGUGAAAAACUGUUGAAGGUUUCUCAAUGUUAUUUAUCAACAACAGCUGGUCCAUUGGCUGGUUUACUUUUUGUUUCUACUGAGAAGGUUGCUUUUCUUAGUGAGAGAUCAAUCAGAGUCCCUUCUUCUAGUGGGAAGUCAAAGAGAAUGCAUUAUAAGGUGUUAAUCCCAAUUGCUAAAAUUAAAACAGCAAAUGAAAGUAAGAAUUUGAAGAAUCCAUCAGAGAAGUACGUGCAAGUAGUGACAGAAGACCAUUUCGAGUUUUGGUUUAUGUGGUUCCAACAACAUCAAAGAACCUUGAAAUAUCUGCAGGAUGCAAUUUCUCAAUCAGCUCAGUAUCCUUAAACAUUCGUUAUGAUGAAGCAAAUAUAUAUAUAUAUAUCUUUCUUGUAAAAUGUAGAACUCAAAAGCCUGUAUAUAUGAUUUGACAAAUUAUAUUAUAUUGUUGAAGCAGUUCUUGAAA